ACAAAGCCCGAGGGUGUCAAAGGCCUGUCAGAGAGGCUGCAAUUGCAACAGAAGGACGCGAGAUGGCAGCGUCCGUGAAAUAACUACAGCGGCCCACAGGCCACGGGCACCGAUGGGGUCGGACCGGGCUGCUCAGGGAGGGAUCCAGUCACGUUUUGAAACAGGAUUUUGGGUCCCAAAAGCACAGCCCUAUGUUUGUGAAGCUCCGAAAAAGACCAAGUCCCACAGUUUCAGCCCUCGAAGUGCAGGUUAAGUCCUGCUUUGUCCCAGGUCCAAAAAAGAAACCCACCUAAGUGCUGUGCUUUUAGGGCUCAAAAGCAGAGGGUGGGUAGUGCUUUUCUGAAGCUCAGAAAAAAAACUAAGUCCGCGGCGCUGUCCGACGAAACGGGCGGGACUGCGGAGGGAAAGGGAGCGCGGAGCGCGGCCCGCACCGAAAUACCCCCGAAAUUGCAGGAGGAGCGCGAACCGAGUGCACCACCUGGCGAAUUCCAAAAAGUCCUGCAGGGAACGCCCUCAAGACGUGCUGUGGCUGCGGUUCCUGGCUUUAUUUGCGAGGGGGAGAUGUUUGGGGGCAUUGCGUCUGCAGUUCCAGGUUCUUUUCACCGGGGAGAAAUGUUUGAGGAUACUGUGCCUACAGGUCCGGUGAGAUUUCGGCAGGAAUCGCCCUCGGGUCACUCUCAGCCUGCAGUUCUGGGUGGCAUUUACUGGGGGAACCGUCGGUACUUGCACCUCCUGCAGUACUGGGCAGAAUUCGUCAGGCGGCGCCCUCGGUCCAUCGGCUGCGAGAUUCCACCCGAUAGUCCGGGCUCCACGUGUCUAGAGAAUUGAUUUCCCUGGAUCCCACCCCCAUGUCUGCAAUCCAUAGGAACUCAGCUGUUUCCCUCCUGUGUCACAGUGUCUUCCAGCUGCCAUAAAGACAGAGCUCUGCAGCCAAGCUGCAGCACUUAAAGUAGCAUCUUAAGCCUCAGUGUUGAUGUGGUUUGGAAAAUUACUAUACAAGAGCUUUUGGGCCCAUGCUGAGUAAUAGUCCUUGUAUUCCCAGGCUCUCUUUUGGGCUGUGGCUUUCCACAGCUGAUAUUUUUUGUCCAUCUGGGCUGGUUUCUGAUGGCCUGACUUUCCUUUUUCCCUUGUAGAGUCUGAGUUGAGAAGGAAGAGGACUAAGCACACCUGCAGCUGUACCCAAAGCUGCACAAGUACAGAGUGUUCUUUAACCACUUCAGCGCUGCCCAGUUACCUGCACGUUUUUCCAGUUCCUGCUCCCUGUGGCAGGCAGAGCCAUUCCCUGCCCUGCCCACCCGUGCUGAGCCAGCAGGUCCCUGCACCCCCAUUUGUGCUGAGAUAACUUGUUUGGACACCAGGCCCGGCUUCUCUGGGCCACACCAUCCCAGCCCGGGGCCACGCAGGCCAAGGACAGGCUGUAAAUGUCACCCUUUGUACUCUGCCGUGUCCACUUCAGCUGCAGUCGGAUUUGGAACCGAGAUAAAAGCAGGGCUGUUCUGCUUUGGAGGUGCAGGGGAGUUUGGGGCUGGGGAGAAGGGUUUCAACCUGAGGAAUUUCUUACAUCUCCUAUUCCAGAUGCUAUGAAGCAAACUCACCCCAGGCCCCUGCCAAAAUCUGACAGGAUGGACUGGAAAACAAUCAUUUAUGUCAUUUUAUUGGUGAGCCUUAGAGUAGCCAAAGCCCUGCCUAGAACUUCUCAGGACAUAGAGGAAAAAACAAGCAUUGGCCAACGAUUUUCUCAGCUGCAGGAGAGCAAUUUUAAAGCCAUUGCCCUGAUCCUGUUUGCCCAGUACGUGCCGGGAGGGACGUUGGGCAGAGCGGCCGCGAUGGCCGAGGGGGUCACGGCCCUGGCCAGAAGGUGUGCGGCAGCGGCCACCGACAGCCCCGACUGCCUGAAGCCUCUGGACAGGAUUUUCCUCGAUACAAUAUGCCAGGAGGAAAACCUUCCCCGGUCUGCUGACUGCUGUGCUAAAAAGGAUCCCGAAAGAAAUGACUGCUUCCUCUCCCUGAAAAACUCCUCACGAGGGUUCAGCUCUCCUUUGGAGAGGCCGGAUGCUGAAGCUGCUUGCAGAAACCAUUCACAGCAUGGACAGCCAUUAACAGGAUAUUUUAUCUAUGAAGUUUCCAGAAGGCAUCCCUUCCUCUAUGCCCCAACAAUCCUCUCUGUGGCGCUGCAGUAUGAGGAGAUGAUGGAAAACUGCUGUGGAAGUGCUGAAGGCCCCUCCCAUCACAUGGAGGAAUGCUUCCAGAGACAGGCACCGAAGGUGGUGAAGCUGAUAAAAGAAGAUUCCCUGAGGCAGGAACACACUUGUGGAAUCCUGAAGAAGUUUGGAGAAAGGACCUUAAAGGCUCUGAAGCUUGCCCAGAUAAGCCAAAGAUUCCCCAAAGCUGACUUCGUGACCGUUCACAAACUGGUGGUGGCCGUGGCCGACAUGCACAAGGACUGCUGCCGCGGGGACACGCUGGGCUGCAUGCGGGACAGGGAAGAGAUCCUGCGCUACGUGUGCAGCAGCCAGCACGUCCUGUCCAGCCGGAUCCAGCAGUGCUGUGAAAAGCCCCUGUUACAAAGGAGCGAAUGCAUCCUCCACGUGGAAAACGAUGACAAACCUGCAGGCUUGUCCCCCCACGUCAGGGAGUUCAUUGAAGACAAAGGAAUAUGUGAACGUUUUGCCCAGGAAAAAGACAUGCACUUAGCCAGGUUUCUGUAUGAAUAUUCCAGGAGACACCCGGAAUUUUCUGCCCAGAUGCUUCUCAGGAUUGGCAAAGGCUACGAGGACCUGCUGCGGGAGUGCUGCAGCCCCGGGGCUCCCAGUGGCUGCCGCAGCAGAGGGGAGGAAGAACUGAGGAAACAUAUUUACGAAACGCAGAGUGUCAUGAGGACAAGCUGUGACAUUUACAAGGAGAAAGGAGAUUACUAUUUCCAAAACGAGCUCCUCAUGAGUUUCACCAAGAAGAUGCCUCAGCUGACAUCGGCGGAGCUGAUCAAAUUCACCAAGGAAAUGACAACCAUCGGCUCCAAAUGCUGCCAGCUGGGCCAGGACAAGCUGCUGCCUUGUGCCGAGGAACACCUGGAUCUCGUGCUUGGGGAAAUCUGUAGGAGACACCUGGCUGAUCCCAUAAAUCCCGGAGUUUGCCGCUGCUGCAGCAGCUCCUAUGCCUUCAGGAGGCCCUGCAUAGGCAAACUGGAGAUCGAUGAGAGUUACGUGCCCUUAGCACUGACUCCGGGCCUGUUUGCUUUCCAUGGAGACCUGUGCACCUCGGAAGAGGAGAAGUUACAGCACAGGAAGCAGGAGAUGCUCGUCACCUUCCUCAAGUACAAGCCGCAGAUCAGCCCCGAGCAGCUGGGCUCCGUCACGGCCGCCUUCACUGCCAUGAGGGAACGGUGCUGCAGGGAGGCCAACCCCGAGGCCUGUUUCCUCAAAGAGGUAUGGCUUCUGUGUCCAGCCACAGUUCCUCGGCAACAGGGAGAGAAAGGCUAUAUUCAGGUUCUCGCUCAAAGCCUUUUCCCUGUUUAUCUCCCUGCCUCUGUUUCUCUCUUGCCUUCCCAGUGCUGUUUCAGCCCACUCAACUUCAUACUCCAGAGCUGCUCUGGCUCCUCUUUACCCUGAGGGUCCAGAGCUUAUCAAAAGGAGUGAGAAAAUGCUGUCAGCAUAAGGAGCUGCACAGCCCAUGGGAAGGUCCUCGCUGGAUGACAGGAAGUGACACAAACUGCACAGGGAGCAUUGAAACCAAACCAAGUGUCUGAAAGCCAGGUUAAUCUAGAGGGAGGCUGCAUGCCCUUAAGUAAUUCCACCAAAACAAUCAGUUAAGUGAUGAAAAUUCAGGUUUUGGCUGUGGCCACCAUCUCCUGGUAUGCAAUCUUAUUUUAUUACCCCAAAUAGUCACAGACCAAAACAAAGGCAUUUUAAAUCUUAAGCUUAUAAAGCAUAAGUGCAAAUGAGAUCAAAUUAAGAAAAUCUGCCUGUAACCAUUCUAACUUAAUCACUGAAUAAUUAUUUUUGCAUUUUUAUAACACUGGCCUUGAACUACAGCACAUGCACUCACCAAUAUGGGCUGCUCGGGAGCAUUGUAA